GUUCAGCUGUUCAUUAGCAACGUGGGCGGUUUUUGCAUUUUCGGUUUUUCAACAACAACAACAUAACAUUGCUCUGAUUCUCUCUUUUAUUUCGCAUUCUUCAGCAGUUCCUGACCUUUUUCCAUUUUUGGGGGAGUUUAUACUUUUGGCUGCCUUCUCUUUUGAAAAGAUGGUUACCAGUAAAAAAGUUGCGCUAUCUCCUAGAAAUUUGAAACCAGAUCAAUUAGGUGGCGUCAUAUUUGGUUGCACGGAUAGCACCAUCAAUGAAUGUCUUGCUAAGCAGCUUUUUGGUUUGCCUGGCCCGCACUUUGUGUAUGUUAAGAAUAUUAAUCCUGGUAUGCCGUUGUUUCUGUUCAACUACACUAAAAGGCAACUUCAUGGUAUCUUUGAGGCUGCUAGUCCUGGUCAAAUGAACAUUGAUCCAUAUGGUUGGACGAAAGAUGGUUCGAAGAGAACACUAUACCCUGCCCAGGUCCAAAUCCAUGUUCAAAAGAACUGUUGUCCUCUGAUGGAGAAUCAGUUUGCGCCAAUCAUUAAGGGGAACUAUUAUUCUCUCACCCACUUCCAAUUUGAGCUAGACCAUGCUCAAGUGGGCAAGUUGAUCACUCUGUUAUCAACUCAAUUGGUUGCUCCAUCUGCCACAAUGCUCAGAGCUACAGGAAAGUGGCAGAUAGCAAAUCAGCAUCCAUCUGAACCAAGAGCUAAAAAAGAGGACAGAAUUAAACUGCCUGCUGCAUAUGUUAAUCCCACUACCUGCAGCGAGUCAGAUGGAUCCUUGAUUCUCACAGGUCCCUCUUCAUACCUUGAUCGGAUUCACCAGCCAAUACAAAAUGAUAUAGAAGCAAUGGAAAAACAUGAAGUGGGGCUGAUAUAUGAGAAAUUGCAAAGGUUGGCUGAAACUUGUGAACCCUUUGACUCCCAUUCCACAAGGCAAGUACAGGGUCUUGAAACCAAGAUGCAUAAUGAGGAUGAUUAUUCACAAGGAGAAAAUCUGGGUCAGCAGGAGAGUACCAAUGAAAGCUUUUCAUUGCCAUCAGAUUUGAACUCCGUCAUAGCUGAGCUACAAGAGCUGAGGGCCUUCAAGCAAGAAUCUAUUGAGACAAUGGUUCAGUUGACGCAGAUUCAAACGAAGCUGCUCUCAGAAGUAAAGCAGUUACAAGACCGUUGUACAAGGCUAGAGACCUUGUCUAACAAGUCAGAGACAUAUGCAUCUGUAACAAUGGAGUUUAACAGUGAACAGCACCUAGACCAAGAUGGUUCGAUAUUUCUAGCAGGUGGUUUUGACGGGAAAUCUUGGCUAGCAUCACUUGAGUCGUACUCUCCACCAGAAGAUAUAAUUAAAUCUCUGAAACCAAUGAGCUCUCUUCGUUCUACCUCUCUUGCAAAGUUGAAAGACGAUCUUUAUGUAAUUGGUGGUGAAAAUGGGGGUUUGUGGUUUGAUACAGUUGAAUCCUACGAUCCUGUAAAUAAUGAUUGGACAUCACUUCCUUGUUUGAACGAGAAAAAGGGAGGCUUAGCUGCAUCUACAUUGCAUGACAAAAUAUUUGCACUUGGUGGUGCGAAUGGAAUUCACUGCUUUUCUGAUGUGGAGAUGUUCGAUGUAGAUGUUGGACGAUGGAUACCUGCUAGAUCAAUGCUGCAGAAGAGAUUUAACCUUGCAGCAGUGGAGUUUAAUGGUGCCAUUUAUGCAGUCGGUGGCUAUGAUGGGAAAGAAUAUUUGAGUUCUGCUGAACGAUUUGACCUAAGAGAGCAUUCUUGGAGCAGACUCGAAAGCAUGAAUUCAAAGAGGGCCAGUCAUUCUUUGGUUGUGCUGAACGAAAAACUGUACGCUAUUGGUGGCUUUGAUGGAGGUACAAUGGUGGCCACUGUUGAAGUAUUUGAUCCUCGACGUGGGACCUGGAUGAGCGAGGCACCAAUGAACGAGUCAAGGGGAUAUUUCGCAGCCGCAGGAUUGAAUGGUAGCAUAUAUGCUAUAGGAGGAAUAGGAGAAGAGGGGAAUACUUUGGAGAAGGUCGAGCAAUUCAAGGAAGGUCAUGGUUGGCAACUGACAGACCUUAAAGCUAUUGGGAAGAGGUGCUAUCAUUCAGCUAUAGUCAUGUAGCUUACACACUAAUUUAUAACUAAGAGUGUGGAGGGGCUUGAUUUAGUAAGGGGACUGAUAAUAUACAGGGCGUUAGAUGGAGAACUAGUUAGCGAUUUAUGCUAAUUCUUCGGUAACGCCUUUACUAUAACUUCAUGUAUAGGAGAACUGGAGAAGUGAAGAGUCCAAUUUUGUACUUGUUUAUACAAGAUUAGGGUAAGGGAAUCUAGCAUUGCUCACUGGUCUAAGUGUUGCCUUUUUAACACUGUUCUCAGCUAAGUUUUUGUAAAGUAUAGUUGCAUUGCAUGUAAUCUUUCAUGGACACUUAAAACAGGUUUCUGUGAAAUGAGGAAAAAGGCACUAUAUCAAAAUACUUUGGUCAUCUCAA